AUGGCACCUUCCACUCGCUCUUCAGUGAGCAACACCCUCGUUGAGGAAAAGCAACCUCAACAUCUUGACAUGCAUGGAAAUGUCUUUGAACUUCCCAAUUAUACCAUGAAAGAAAUCUACGAUGCUAUUCCAGCUCAUUGCUUUAAACCCUCCAUCAUUCGAUCAAUGGCAUACGUUGUCCGCGACUACUUCUACGUCUCUACCCUCAUCUACCUCGCCCUUACCUUUAUCCCAAUGCUUCCAAAUCCAUACCUUAGAUUUGCCGCUUGGGUUGCAUAUACCACCGUUCAAGGAUUCGUUUUCACCGGUAUUUGGAUUUUGGCACACGAAUGUGGACACGGUGCUUUCAGCAAGAACAAGAGAUUGAACUGGACUAUGGGAUUGAUCAUGCAUUCGUUCUUACUCGUGCCAUUCCACUCCUGGAGACUUUCCCACUCUCAACAUCACAAAGCUACCGGAAACAUGGACAAGGACACUGCUUUCGUUCCACACACCAGAGAAGGUUGGAUUCAGAGAAACUUUGGAGAGAAGGCCAAGGCCAACAUGAUCGAGUUUGCUGAAUUGGCAGAAGAUUCCCCAAUCUCCUCGCUUUACCAUGCAUUCAUUCAUCAAUUUUUUGGAUGGCCAGGUUACUUGAUUGCCAACUUGACUGGACAAGAUUAUGAUGGUGCUAAGGGAAUGAGAAUUUCUCACUUCUAUUUCGGAGAGGACAGUGUCUUUUACAAGAAGCACGAGUUACCUUUGAUCGUUUUGAGUGACGUUGGUGUUGCUGUUAUGAUUGCCGCUUUGAUCUGGGCUGGUCAAGUCUUCGGAAGCUUCAAUGUUAUUGUUCUUUGGGGUGUUCCAUGGUUGUGGGUUAACAACUGGAUUGUUGCUAUUACCUUCCUUCAACACACCGACGCAUCCAUGCCCCAUUACAACAACAACACCUGGAAUUUCGCCCGUGGUGCAACCGCUACUAUCGAUCGUGAUCUUGGUUUCAUUGAUACCCAUCUUUUCCACGAUAUCAUCGGUACCCACGUUUGCCAUCACUUGGUCUCCACCAUCCCAUUCUACCACGCCGGAGAAGCAAGCCAACACAUCAAGAAAGUUAUGGGUCAACAUUACAAAGCCGAUGUCAAGACACCUUUCUGGACCGCUUUCUGGAGAAACCAACGUACAUGCAAAUUCGUUGAAGAGUCAGAGGGUAUGGAAGGAAGUGGUGUCUUCAUGUACAGAAAUUUGUACAACAGAGAGGGAGAAGUUCACGCUAAGGAUCUUACUAAUGGACAAGCUUCUAUCGCUAAGUCAGAGAAGCCAACCGUCUCAAAGGUUGUACCAGUUGGCUCCAUGGCUACAGCAAUGAGCACCAGCAGAAAUAUGAAUGCAGGAAGAAGAUUGAGUCAAAGUGUUCAAGAGAGAGCAAAGGCUGGAUUACCUCUUUUGGCCGAAGUUAUGGGGGAGUGA